AUGAAAAAACACGAGUUAAUUUCUAUAAAAAGAGCGGCCGCGAAAGAGAAUCUUCUACUGCAAGCAACAAAAAUGUUGCGAACCUCACAAAAUCAAUUUCCUCCUGCUCAGAGUGGUGAUAUUGUACGAAUACAAGUCCAUGAUGUCGACUGUGGUCGUACAGAUAACCGAAAUGUGUUAGCGGUUGUUGUUGGAAUAGAAGACUCCGACUUCUUUAAACUUGCGAAUGAAAAUGGUACCCUCAAGCAGCUUUACACACGUAAUCAGUUCGAAAUUUGUAAAGAAAAGCUCCUUUCCAUAGAUAAGAUUUCUUUUCAAGAAAUUUUGCUGAGAGAAGCAGCUAAAGCUAAUUCGAGAAGCCGUGGGCAAGGCUAUACACGCUGUCAUUGCAAAAGGAAGUGUUCCGCAAAUAAAUGCAGUUGUAAAAGCAAGGGCCUCUUGUGCAAUUCAAAGUGUCAUAAUAGUUUAAGUUGUUGCAAUAAAUAA